GGAGACACGCACAGCAACUUUGAAGAGGCGAGCAGCAGCCGCCGCCGUGGCGAUCGUCUCAAUGACUCCCUGGCUCGGCCUCUUCGUGCUCCUGGGCAGCUGGAGCUUGGGGAACUGGGGCGCCGAGGCGUGCACAUGCUCGCCCAGCCACCCCCAGGAUGCCUUCUGCAACUCUGACAUCGUGAUCCGGGCCAAGGUGGUGGGGAAGAAGCUGGUGAAAGAUGGGCCCUUUGGCACGUUGGUCUACACCAUCAAGCAGAUGAAGAUGUAUCGAGGCUUCACCAAGAUGCCCCACGUGCAGUACAUCUACACAGAAGCUUCCGAGAGUCUCUGUGGCCUGAAACUGGAAGUUAACAAGUACCAGUACCUGCUGACAGGCCGUGUCUAUGACAGCAAGCUGUAUACCGGGCUUUGCAACUUCGUAGAGAGGUGGGACCAGCUCACACUCUCCCAGCGCAAGGGCCUGAACUAUCGGUACCAUCUAGGCUGUAACUGCAAGAUCAAGUCUUGCUACUACCUGCCUUGUUUCGUGACCUCCAAGAACGAGUGUCUGUGGACCGACAUGCUCUCCAACUUCGGCUACCCCGGCUACCAGUCCAAACAUUAUGCCUGCAUCCGACAGAAGGGUGGUUACUGCAGCUGGUACCGAGGAUGGGCCCCCCCGGACAAAAGCAUUAUCAAUGCCACAGACCCCUGAACUCCAGACCCUGCCCCACCUCACCUCCCUCCCUCCCACUGAACUUCCCUCGGACACUAACUCUUCCCAAAUGAUGAUGACAAUGAAAUCAGUGCCUGUUUUCUUGCAAAUUUAGCACUUGGAACACUUAAAGAAAAUUCUACAUUGUCACAUGGAGUUUAUUUGGAAUCACUCUCCUGGUUCACCCCUUCUUUUUGGUCUGGGCAUCACCCAUUUCUACCUGGGAAUUGUUGGUACCAUUCCAGAAAGAAUGAGGGAUGCAAAAUUCCUCUUCCUUGUGAAAAUAUAAUCUAUAUUUUUUUAGGAAAA